AUGAGCAAGUCUGGCAGCAACAACUCGCUCACUGCGCCGGGCGAGUCGCCGUCGCAGUCGUCGCUCCGCUCCACGUCGGCCAUCGACCUGCAGGCGGCGCCGGAGUCAGCCGGGCAGCCGGAGCGGCUCGCCAUCCUCCCGCUCAGCUACGCCACCUACACGACGGCGGCGGCGUCCCCGGUCGACUCGCAGGACGCUGGGCCGGCGGCGGCGGCGCUCCGGCAUACCACGCUCGACGGGCACCUCGCGCGAGCUCGUCGCCGCAACCGGGCGGCCGCCACCGGGCCGGCGCCUGCCGCACUGCGCGCCAGGAGGCCGUCGACAGGCGGCUGGGCCGGCCUGGGUGGCACCGGUCGGCCCGGCAUGAGUCCACAAGAUCCUGCAGCAGAGCCGCGACGAGCCGAGUCUGCGCUGGCCGACGCGCUGGCGACGACGCGCUCCCGGCCGGCCCGCCCCUGUGACGACCGUUCGGACGAGAGCGAGACGAGCAGCGUCUGCUCGGAGCGCUCUUACGACUCGGCACACCGACGCGAUUACGCCGGCGGCUGGUCCGGGGUGCCUUACGGCCAGCAGUCCAACCGACUGCGCAGCGUGCGCGAGCCCAGCGGACGGGACGUCAGUGAAGUGAUCAACCUGAUCGCGUCGACCGAGUGGUCGGACCGCAAGGAGGGCCUGCUUUCGUUCCGCACCGUGCUGCGGUCUAACCGCAUGCUGACCGCCUCCGAGCUGCAUCGCGUCACCGAGCUCUUCACCAAGAUGUUCAUGGACACGCACACCAAGGUGUUCAGCAUCUUCCUGGAGGCGGUGCAGGAGCUGGUGGUGCAGCACCACGACGACCUGGCCGAUUGGCUGUACAUCCUGAUCACGCGGCUGCUGAACAAGCUGGGCGCCGACCUGCUCGGCUCGGUGGUGCAGAAGCUGGAGCGCACGCUCGACACAGUCAGGGUGUCAUUUCCGGCCGGCAUGCAGCUGCGCUGCCUGUGCCGCUUCCUGCUGGACCAGACGCAGACGCCCAACACGAAAGUGAAGGCGGCCACGCUGCGGUACCUGCGCGCCCUGCUCGAGAGCAUGGACCCGGCGGAGUUCGCUGUCGACGCUGACCUGCCGCUGGCCGUCACCAAGAUCAUCGGCUGGACGAGCGACCAGAAGUCGGUGGAGACACGCAACGGUGCCAAAGCAGUGAUCGUAGCCAUGUUCGACCUGAACACAGCCGAGUUCACUAUGCUUCUGUCGCAGCUAUCCAAGAUGUACCAGGACACGGCGUCCGACAUCAUGCAGCAGCACAUGCGGCGGCGGGCCAGCGUGGACCAAUCGGCGGCGCUGAUGCGCGCCCGCUCGCCCUGCUCGUCCAAUGGUGGCUCGCCGGGCCCGCGCGGUCCCGCGCGGCCGCGCCUGGCGCCCAGCGACGCGGAGAACCUCCAUCCGGAGGAGAUUAGCAGAUCGCUGCGCCGCGGUCCGGCCGAGAUACCGGGCGGCGGCCUGGACGGCCCGGACGGUACGAAGCGAGAGCGCGACUCGACGUCGCAGGACUCGGGUAUCAGCCAGAUGUCGCUGCCGCUGGAGCGACGCGGCUCGCCGGCCGGCCGGCCGCCCGCCGCCGGCGAGCCGCCGGCCGACGAGCAGGCGCUCGUGGCGUCGGUGCGCGCCGAGCUGAACCUCGUGCUCUCGGCCUUCACCGAGAUGCUGCGUCGCGACUGCGUGGCGCCGCUCUUCCACCCGUACAUCGAGCUGGUGUUCGUGCGCGUGCUGGACGCGCACUGUGAGCCGAGCGAGCGGGACGUGGUGCGCGCUGCCGAGCAGUGCGCCGCCGCCAUGGCCGGGCGCCUGCCGCCCGACAGCGUGGUGCGCGUGCUGAACGGCCUGGUGCAGACGGGCCGCUACCCGGUCAACCAGGCGGCCAUCAAGACUCUGACGCGUCUGGUGGAGCAGCACAACCGCGAGCUAGUGCUCGGCUUCCUGCCCGAGAUCAUGCCCAGCCUGCUGAAGGUGACGCGGGUGGGGGUGGGCGCUGGAAGGGGACGGAAGGACGAGGGGCUGAUGGGCCGGGUGUGCUGGGCGUACGACAACAGCGAGUCGUCGGUGCGCAAGGCGGCCGUGUUCUGCAUGGUCACCAUCCACACGCUGUGCGGCGAGGAGGCCAUGCAGCCCCACCUCGCCUCCCUCAACGCCACCAAGAUGAAGCUGCUCAGCCUGUACAUCAAGCGGUCUCAGGGCUCGCUCGAGUCGCCCACCGGCCAGCCCGGCAGCAUUGUCGCAGACGUGGAGCGCUACAUCUGCUGA